AUGGUGAAAUCACUGUUCAACAUCUGCUUGUCGGCUGUUUGCCAACAUCAACUCAAUGAUCAUCUGGCUUUGAUUCCAAUUGAAUGUAAACAGAAGCUUCUUGAAUUCUUCACCAACCAUGAUCAGUUAGCCGCUUUGGACUGCGAUCGUUUGGUGUCAUCUCCAACAUUUGCCGACAAUCUCACUGAGCUCAAAUUCUAUCUGAGUGAAGAUCUGUCUGAUUCGAUGCUAGCCGCUUUGACCGCCAACAACAAACACCUCGAACGAAUCACUUUGGUUGAAUGUCCUCGAGUUACCGAUAAGGGUGUACGAACGGUGACCUCAGGCCAAAAAAACUUGCUGCAGCUAGAACUUCGAGCUAUGUAUCAGCUGACUGAUGCCGGACUCACAGAUGUCAAAUGCCCUUUCCUGCAUACGGUAGAUAUCAGCGGAUGUGCCCGGGUAACCAGUCUGGGUAUACGAUUUCUUGUGCAAAGAAAUCCUAAUAUUCAUUGUCUUUAUUUGAACCAUUGUCGUUCACUCGAUGAUCAAGCCCUCUACGAUAUUGCUUACUAUGUUGGAGAACGAUUACGGGUACUCGAAUUGGACUUUCUGCCAGCAUUGAUCGAUCCUGCAGCUGCCCUCCAACAUCUUUCUACUCAAUGCCCUAAUAUCUGUCAAUUAUCAUUGGCAAGAUUCUUCAACGAGAGUUACGACGAUUUUCCACCAGCUGUUCAGUUCAAAAUCAAUGGAUUCAGUCUACGCGAUAUCGAUCUUUACGGUAAUUACUUCGUGAUUCUUCCUGAACUCCCACCAACAAUUCAUUCCUUGCGAUUAUCUGUGAACGGUGAUGAGAACCCAUUUGAACUCGUACGUAGCCUACAGGCUCAGCCUUAUCUGAAGAGCAUCAAUCUUCAGUUGGCGGUUCGUGAUGCUAGCAUCUCAGCAAUCGAUAAUGCUAAUACGCUUCUCAGUACAAUUCUACCGUAUAUCGGCAGUAAAAUUACUAUACUCACGGUAGCUACACCACGUUUGUUUGACGAUUCACUUCGUCUUAUCACAGAAUGCACACCGAAUUUAACGCAUCUGGCAUUGGACGUGAAUCAUCUGAGCACGCAUAUACUACAACGCUAUUUUUCAGGCGGUGCCAAGUCUCAAGGAUCUCGUUUACGUUCAUUGAAGAUAUGUCGUAUGAGAAUCACCUAUCGAGUCUUGUUCGCCAUUGCCCGUGGAGCGCGAAAUCUUAUAGACCUGGAGACGUCUCAAAUGUUAUCUGUCGACGACCGAUUUCUCGCGAUUCUCGGUGAGAAUUGUCGACAACUAAGAUGUAUCAAUCUGAACGGAUGCAGAUGGGUCAGUGACAAAGGCAUGGCAGCAUUAGCAAGGCGUUGUCCACUGCGAGAGGUUCGAAUUCGUGGUACAGCUUGCACCGACAAAUCUAUUUACACGCUUGCUCAGUUCUGUCCCGAACUCGAGUGGAUCUCUUACGCUGACUACUCAGGUCGACCAAAAUUCACCGACAAAGCGCUCCAAUUUCUCAGGGAUUCGUGUAUUCAGAAAGUCAUCUGCUGA